UAUGGACAACAGAAAUGGACAAUGAACUUGUUAAUUCAUUCCUACAUCAACACAAUGAAGGGAAUAGAGUGAGCGGGACAUUCACCACAAAGGCUUACAUGUCAAUCACUAGUGACUUGCAAAAUAAGUUCGGAAGACCUUUCAAGAAAGAUAAGGUGAAGGGGAGAUGAAAGUUACUAAAAAGAAAUUUUACAAAGUGUUAUGAUUUUUUCAAAAAUCUCAGUGGCUUUGCUUGGGAUCCAAUCUCAAAACGUUGGUUGGCUGAACCUGAAGUCUGGAAAACACUAGUAGAGGUACAACAAAAAGUUCUCAAAUUUAACUAAACUUUAUUUUUCAGCUUAUUUUACAUAUUGAAAUUAUUAUGAAAUUCUAAGUUCUCUUAUUUCAAUAAAAUUUAUUUAAUAGGCUCACCCCGAUGCUGAAGAGUGGAUGAGAAAACCGAUUGCGAACUACGACAAGAUGGUGAUUAUAUGUGGAGAAGACCGAGCAUACGGAGGGAUGUCAGAAACCGGUGAGGAUAUUAGGAAUGAUAAAUCAUUUGGUGCAGAUUCGAUUGAGACUAGUGAUAGUUUACAAGAAGGUGUCAAUGAUGUUGAUGUCACAUCACCUCAGAUCAGAGUCCGAGAUGAACCUAAGUCCAAGCGGCCAAAGAAAUCCAAGGAUAAGGUUGAAGAUGGAGGAGUAACCGCAACACUUAUGACGAUUGCUGAAGCUUUUAAGGAUAGCACUUCUGCGCUUCGUGAGAGCACGUUAGCUUAUGAAAAAUCUCAUCAAAAGCUUCCGAUUUCUGAAGUUGAGCUUUGGAAGCUUUUGGAGGAUUUGCAUAUUGAAAAUCAUUUGGUCAACCGAGCAUAUUUGUACCUUCUCAACAAUCCUGAUAUGAUCAAAGGACUCAUUGGAUGCCCGAAGAAUAAACAGAAGGAGUUGCUUAUUGAAAUGGUGUUUGGUCCACCGGCAUCUACUACCAGGCCAUAUUAGUGAAGGCAAGUGUGUGUGAAAGUCGAGCUUAUUUGGAGUGCAUUGACUUCUUUAUGUUAUUGAUUGGAAUGCGCUAGAUUAAUAUAACUGCAAGUACUUGAAAUAAAAUGUGAAACAUAAU